AUGGCAUUUAUUGUCACUUUCUCUUGCAGAAAGCUUGGAAAGCCAAUAACAGCUUUAUUACCUGAAAUGAAACCCACUAUCACAUUCAAGUGCGAAAAGCCUUUGCCAAAACUCUUUACCGGAGAAGUAGAUCUCUUCUCUGUCAGCCUCAAGGAAUUGGAUCAUUGCGAUGCUAGGCAGGGAUAUUUUCUUGGGACUCUAACAUGCGGUCACACAAAGAGUUUCAAAACUUCGGAACUUUUGAUAAAAGAUGUGGAAACUUAUCAAAUUCUUGGUAAGCGUAAAAUAGAACAACUAAACUAGCAUUGUGUUAAUUAUACAAAUUAUUCUUCAAAAAUAUUUUUUUUGUCAUGCAAAGUUCGAAGGCUUUGCGGCGUUUGGUGUCACACUAUGACUUUGUGAUCAUCUGAUUUUAAGAGCCAAUCAUAUUCUUUUAAUUUGUCACGUCAGAAUUUUUACUCCAGCUUCCGUAAGAACACCUGAGUCUUAAAAUGCAAGCCGUUCCUUUUUUUCUAUUUUGGUCGCUAAAUAUCUGCGUCGUCCACCCAAGCGUUAGUGGUUCAGAGGCCUUACCUCCUGCCUUUCCGACUAGUUUUGCUUCUGUCCUCAAAGUCACGCUAUUGUUUUCUGUUCAAAUGUCUGGUGGGUAGCACAAAGGCCGGGUACAUGGAGUUAUCAACAUAAUUUAAAAUGGCGUCCGUCGUCGAGCCGUGGGCUGAAAUGAUUUAGCUGUAAAGGUCCUAUUUACAACUACUCGUUUCAGUAGUGUUCUUAGCUGCGAGGAUCUUCUAAUUUCAUCUCUCCACCGCAGUGCAAAUAUGUGAAUUUUCAUAUAUCUAAAAUCUUCAAAUGUAAACAAGAUUACUCAACUAGACGGAAGAGGGCUGUAAAACUCUUAAAAUCUACGAUGACAACAAUCCUAAUAAUCGAUUAUUUAUAUUUUCCACCGGACCUUACGCUAAAAUCAUCAAGGUAGUUUUUUUCCUCCUUUUUGCUCCAUUCUCGAUCAAAAUACCUCAAAAAUGAAGAAAAAUGGUCAAAUGUCAAUAAACAAACUUCAAAGAAUGGAGCUAAUUUGUUGCGCCGCGUAAACGAUUUUUGUCUCCAAGUCGAUUUUCGCGUAGCCGUUUGGCUGCCAUUUGGCCAUAUCUUGCACAAAUCUGGCAGCUGAUUUACCAUGUUUUAAAGUUUUACUGAUUUCAUCGGAUUUGGGUUUGGGUUUUCUUUUUGCUACGCAAUUAACCUGGAAGCCCUUUCGCUCUCGUUCGACCGUGUGAAUCUUACCAGGCGCCCAACCACUUAGAUCGACAUGGAGGACAAAAAACGAGUCAUUUUCCUCUGCGUUUUUGUGUUGCGCGGCACUUAGUUGCAUUUGAAAUAUUUUCAUAAUUUUUUUGCAUUACCUUUUUUUAUAUAACUUUCAGGCAUAGCACGUAAAAGGGAUAAAUCACACAGACUAGCUGAACGUUGCUCUCAGAUACGGACCUACGCAGCGCGGCUUUAUCUUCAUUUCUGCGAUCCAGUUAUCUUGUCAAAUGGAACUAAAUGUGUUAAAGAAGGUAUGUCUAACCGUUUUUUACACAUAUAUCUACAUGAUGACAGUUAGGUAAAAGAGCAACGCCUAAUGCAUUCACCUGCGGGAUUUUAGGUGUCUGAAGCACGUUUAUGACCUGCGGUUUAAAAUAAUUUUAACUUUAUUCCAUGAACAGUAUGGCACAAUGGCCACUUUUGUUGCACAGCAUCAUAAGAAAAGUCCCCAUUUGAGGGCCGUGAUUGCGCCAGCAGGGCCGGAAAAAAUCAUAGGACUUAGCGCACAGCUUUACAAGAAAGAUUGCUGGAACAUUUUGUUGUUGUAACGAACCUAACUUCUUUCGAUGAUUCCAACUGAGUUGUAUCACCCAUAUGUUAUCAGUGGCUCUUAGGUAAUGCGCGCAAAGCGAUAGGAACCAGCUGAUCAGUUGGUAGAUGAGUAAAAUCUGAGAAGGGAAAACGGAGAAAUUAGUAUGAUCAUAUAGAAACUGAAUCCACAUCGAAUGACUUAGGUAAGGCUGGACGGGAAAAUAUAUCGCCCGAGGUCAUAACGUUUGGACUGACCUUAGCGAAGUUCAAGCGUCAUAACCGCCAGCCAAAUAUUUUCACGUACAUCUCUCCCACUCAGUAAUUCUUAACUAUCACGAUGUGUGUCGCUCAACACCGUAUAACACUAAACUUAGUUCGAAUUCAUUCAUUUGCUUUCAGCUUGUCCAAUGUCGUUACAAGUCUUUCUUCAUAACAAUCUAUUUCCUCUUUUGUGGUCAAAUGUGUUGGAAAAGGACAAGAACCACGCUGCCCAACAUGCAUGGCUCAUCGACACUGCAUCGCCCAGAUCAUCAAAAAAACCUGGAAGGUAUUAACAGAUAGCUCGUUUUGUAAGAGCUGAUUUGACUUUUAAUCAACCUGUUCUCCGGUUAACUCCUAAAACGAUUCUUACUAAACGUUUUGAAAUCCGAAUGUAGAUUUAAAGAUGAGAAAGUAGGCCAACAUCACAUGUUUUUUUUUUUUUUUUUUUUUUUUACCUUCGUAAUUACAAACACCAACAAAGGUUUUUCGCCGCGGUCUCUGACGUUGGCCAGCCUUUCGGUGGUGUUUAGGCUAUUAUCCAGACUCCCAAUUUGCUGAAAUAAUUAAAAAGUCUUUAUAUACAAACCCAAAUAUGCCGUCAAGCGUAAGUUUUGACGGGGCUAGCAGACUCAGUGGUCAACUGUUCAGCAUGUACAAAAAGAUCAACUUUGACCAGCCGCGCGCCAAUUCCCCGCGAAAAAUUUCAAACAUUUUGUUUUGAGCUUGAGAAGGAAAUAUAUAGCAUAUUUGAACUUACCGGCUUGCCCGGCUGUUCGAACUGGGAAACACCUAGUUCUGACAGCCUGAAAGCACGCCGCCCAGCCGUUACAAAGUUCGCACAUGCGCAGACGUUUGACGGCUUCGUGCACCAGAAAGCCCUCUAUGCCAUUGACCUUUAAAUUGUUGUUGUUUGAUUGAUAGUUUCUGGUGUGCCUCGGGAGAUAGCCAGAAAGAAGCAUAUCUAAUGGUGCUACUUUCCGAACCGGCUUAUGCGAUUUCAGCGAUAGCUACCCAAGGAGCAGUUAUAGAAAGGAGUUGGGUCAGCAGUUAUCUCUUCUAUGGCAGAUUUGUGAAUGGCCCUUAUUAUCCAGCCACUGAUGACAAAGGACACAUCAAGGUGGCUUUCAUAACAAAUGUUCUACGUAGUUACUUGAAGUUAGUUUCUCAAUUCAAGGAAAAGAGGGCGCUAAGACCUGUUGUUAACGUUGUUUGUAGUGUUCAUAAAAAAAAAAUGGAGGAAUUAUGUUCAUACUAUCGUCAUUCUUUUUCUUUUCUUUUCAGGAGUUUAAGGGAAACUCAGACCAGUCCUCUAUCGUCCGUCACUGGCUGAAGCAUCAAUUGUAUGCUACAUGGGUUUUUAUUUACCCUACGUCUUAUGUUGGUCGGAUGUGUAUGAGUGUCGAGAUAUAUGGAUGCCGCACUGGCGACAUAUCCAUGUUGACACCGUUUUCAUCGAAGCAAAGGCAGCGAGAAGGUAAGACUUAUUAAAACUGUGAAGUUAAAAGCAUAUCAGACUUUCAAGUUUUUUUUUACCCCUUUUCAUUCCUACUGUAUGUGUCUCAAUGAUGAUGGAAUUUAAUUGACCAUUAAAAUUGACCAUGUCAUUUUUUGCAGAAUUCAUUCGCUGUAAUCUGACCAAACAGCCUGGUAAUUGUAAGGCUUCAUUUCCCAGAUGGUUUUUUAACAGGAAAACUAAACAAUGUGAACCGUUUAGUUAUAGUGGAUGCAAUGGAAACCUCAACAACUUUUUGUCUGAAUAUGACUGUUGGAAAGGAUGUCGAGGUAAAUGACAUGCCAGGCUAGUAAAUGCAUUUGUGGUUAUUGACGACAACUUUUUAGUAUAGUAAAAAAAGGUAUACGAAAGAUCUUAUUAUUUCACACUCAUUAGAACCUAAGAGAUCUCAGGGGCAUAUCCAGUAGAUUUCGGAUGAUGACAAAUUUAAGCCUUCAGUUGCUUUGGUAACUGUCACAGCUAAUGACUAACACCUAAUUCAAUUAAGUUACAAAGACCGGAUAUUUAACUUCUAGUGAUCUGAUUGGUUCAGUCAACUUUAGUUGUCAGCUAUUAACCCAGAAAACAUUGCUGCUUGCGCGCGAUUAGUCUAAACGCCACACGUGAACGAAUAUGCGGUAGCUAAAACUGUCAAAUAUCCAUUGUUAUACUCCAAGUGAUACUCCACAGUUGGCAACUUUUCGUCCACCGCGAUGAAAGCCUUCGUUUUUUAUUUGUUUCAAUUCAAGAUUAGACAGCGUUAAGCUGUUGUUACAAAACGAGGGACAUAUUCAGAAAGUCGUACCACUUAAAGAUCCGCGCAACAAACGCUAAGCUGUUCGUAAACAGUUUUUUCCGAGCGUUGCAAAAUUUUUGAAGGAUAAUAAACUCAAUAGGACCCAUUUGGUGAAAAAUAUGCUUGUUUGUUUGUCCUGAAACAGUAUCUCUUCCUAGUAUCUUACAGUUAUCCUCGAGCUUCACUCUUGGAAAACAUUUCGCAUCUAGGAACAGAUAAUUUUCACAGACAAACAUCAAAUGCAUAUCAGUUUUGGCGGCUCCUGUUUAUAUAUACUGAAUCACCAGUUGGGGAAAAAGAUUCACGUACGUGCUGCUAUCCUGAACUUACUUUUUACUUACUUGGAAGCGUGUUUUAGAAAUAAAGUAAAGCAAACAUUAGUCGAUGUCAUAAGUUAUAACAUUAUUGAAAGCUACGUAUCUCCGGCUGAACUUUCAACCACAAAUUUUGCACUUAACGUGACUGUUUAUGGUCUAGAAAAAAGUAUAACGCUGUCACAAAAGAAAACAUUUUAAGAAUGACUGGCAAGUUUUGCCUAAAUAUUUCCAGGCUCUAUCAGAACCGUUAGUUACAAAAGUUCGCCCUUGAAGUCUUCUCGAGUAGCCGUAAUAUUGGUUUCUUCCGUUCCCUACAGCACAGCUAAACAUUUGUAAAUGUGUGCAUCAGGAUAAGCUAGAAAUUCCACAAAUUGAACCUAAUACUUGCCUCAAAAAGUUUGUAAAGUUUGGAGCGAGAAAUUGAGUUCAAGAUAUAUUUCAACCAAAGCUGCCCUCGAUCCCUUCCCUUGCUCGGUUCAAGUUUAAUAAAAUUCUUGAGCAAACUGCGCACAACUUCGUCAAUUGAUAUUUGCGCAACAAUUGUAUCACCUACAUAAAACAUAAUCUGGUAUUAACCGGACUGUCCGUGAUUAAGAGAUUGAGUCUAGAUAGGUUUUGUUCUCUGGGACCGAGAUUUAGUGCCUGUUGUCCAUAUUAGAAAAUUUCCCCUUUUUACAGUUUUUUCUUUUUGAAGAAAAAAUUUCGAAUCUUUAAAGACACGAGAAACUUGCCGGGAUUGAUAGGUGUCCGUAUGACAAGAGUAUCCGUACGGACAGGCUCGACACUAUAUUUUAUCGCCCUCUCAAUGUCUCCAGCAUUUAUAGAUUGCAAGAAAAGGUGUCAUGCUCCUUUCUCUCGCUGCGUGAACAACAGCAGAAGCGAAGAGGAAUGCGAAUGCAUUCAGGAAUGUCCUAAAGUGACGAAAGAAGUUUGUGGCUCAGAUAAUGUGACGUAUGACAACGAAUGCCUGUUGAAGAAAGCAGCCUGCGAAAAAUACACUGGAAUACAGAUCGUGAGAAAAAGACCCUGUACAGGUAUGUAACCAAACUGUUUGGCGUGGCAUAUUCAAGGCGGCCUACAGCAGACACGAAAGGAACAACCAGAGUUAUAAUUCUCAAGACACCUAAUGGUGAACAAAAGUGACGCUAAUUUACAGCGAAUAAGACGAACUCGAAAAAAAGCUAACAUCCAUACAUUUAAUAAGACUCAAUGCUUAUUCUAAUAGAGAAGAGAGGAAGAGAAACCCAAUGAGCAAGACAUUAUUUCAUGGCCCUCAUACUUUAAAGAUUGCUAAACUCCCUGUUCCGGCUGCCACGACAAACGACAAAUGUUGUGUAGCUUGUACUAUGUGGGUGCUCGAUAUCAUUAGCAGUACUAGUGGCUGUGCCUCUUCUAUUAUUUAUAUACCUCUUUCUCAAUUAUCUCAGUAUUCUUUUUCCCAUUCCACUCGCAGCCGCGAAGCCUUUCCUCAUAGAUCCCAUAAAACCGCUAACUAAGCGGGCUAUUGUAAUUUGACCUCCACUCCGCCCCCAACCACGCGACCCCCCCUUCAACCCUCUGACAUUUUAAAUUAAGCAAUUUUCAUUAAAAGACCAUAGGCAUAUGAUCACUCCUUAGCCUCGUUCUAAGCCGAUAGCGCAGGACCCCCUUGUUUAAAAAUUAUGUCCUCCUUUCUCACGUCACCUUACACUGUAUAACAACUGAGUUCGAUGUUGUUUACUCCUUAAAAGCUUGUAUAUCUUCACUGGGAUUGGAAGAUGGACAAAUAAGAGACAAGCAGAUCUCGGCAUCCUCAGAACUCGACAAGCACCACGCCGCCAAACAGGGAAGGGUUUCCCUGAUCAGCUCUCCUCAAGACAGGUAUGACAUAGGGUUAAGGUUGGUCCCCUUUUAGGCCAUAAAGAUUCGUAUUAAUACACUGUAAUUAAAUGUUACUUAAGAAAUACCGAGAAAUCUUGGGAAAAUAGAUUUUUCCUACUGGGGUUCGAGUCUUUCGGCUCGAGCGGGGUUCAAGCUUGCGAAGUAAAGAUCGCAAAAAAUGUAUUAAUGAAUUUCAUGAGAAAUUAAUAUUGGUUCGGGUUAAUACCGGGCUUGGCUAAUCGGGAAUCAAAAGCAUUUUGUAGCGAAUCCAAUAUCACGGAAAGAAAUAUCUGUUGCUGUCUUGCCUGCAGCUCCUGGUGCAGUGCUCCAACUCAUGACAUGGGAACACAAUAUCUACAAGUGGAUUUGCUGUCAGUCUAUGUUCUGUCAGGGUUUUCUACCCAAGGCGCCGUCACAGAAAAGUUUUGGGUGAGCAGAUAUCUGGUUCGUUACAGCUUGGAUGGUACUGACUGGAUAUUAAUCGAGGUUUAUGAAAAAAAAGAAAGUCACAAAGGAAGAAGCAAGGUGACUCUUAGAGAAUUUUAUGUUUAACUAACUAAUAGUUAACCUUUCACAUCACACUCAAAUAUAGCCAUUGCUACCUACUACAGACGCGAUUUCAUGAGUCCUUUCGUGAGAAAGCCUAAGUAACUUCCCCCAAAAAAUGCUUACAAACAUCCUUAUGCUUAAAUUGAUGGGAACACUGUUUACUAGAGUCUUGAGGUUAAUCUUUGAUUCUUCAGUGAUUUUUAAGCCUUGUCAAGACUUCUCUGUGAAAACAGCUCUCAUUUUUUGCACGAAUUUGUUCAUUCUUCCUACUAAGGAUGAAAAAGAAAAGGUUGGCGUAUAGGAGACAUUCAACUGACUACAAGUAGUUAAUUGAUUCAUCAAAGAAAAUCCUCAUCAACCCAAAAAAAUGGAGAAAAGGAUGAAGAAAAACCCAUUUAUUUAAACGUCAGAUCAUCAAUGUGCGACAUUGACCAACUGAAGUUCUUUUUUAAAUUUAAAAGCAAUUUCAGGGAAAUACGAACCAGUCCUCUAUCGUCCAUCACUGGCUGAAGCCUCGCAUCGAUGCUCGUUUUGUUCGUUUCUCUCCUACCUCUUUUUUCGGUCAGCGGUGCAUGCGUGUAGAGCUUUACGGUUGCAAAGAGUCACACUUAUACACGGAUAAAGGUAAGAUUUGUUAUAAACUGUGUGGAUAAACUGCUAAUAUAAUGUUUUUGACAGAUCAGAUUACCAUUUGGAAUCUUAAACGCAGUCAGUGCCAUUGUUUUGAAAAUACUUUUGACGGUGAUGGAAAGUAUGUGUGUUCUGGAGCACCUGUCUCCUCAAAGUAGCAACACUGGCCAAUUCUCUCCGGCCGAGAAUAAGACUUUAUCUUUACCAUAAACCUUUGUGGCGAGAAUUUGAAUUUUCUUGUGCUGACGAUUUACAUUUUUACGAGCUCCAGCAGUUCCUGCUGCGCUCACUCGUGAGCUAUCGAGUUAAACAUUCGAAGAGAAAUUCCAUAUUUACGCGCGCCUAUGUGUUAUUCUCUAUAUCUGUUCCAUAAACCUCUGCAGUUUUCAAAGAUGGCGAGAAUUUGAAUUUGCUUGUGUUGAGGAUAUACGUUUUUUACAAGCUCCGGCAUUUCCCAGAUGUUCUAAGUUUAAAAGCUUCUACUACAUUGUCACCUCUUAGGCUGCAACAAAAAGUGUUCUUCUCCGUUUUCUCGCUGCGUGAAGCACAAGGGAAACCAAGAAAAAUGCGAGUGCAUUCAGGAAUGUCCUAAAGCUGUCAAACAAGUUUGUGCCUCGGAUAAUGUCACAUAUGACAACGAGUGUCUGUUGAAAAAAACAGCCUGCGAAAAGGAAGAAGAACUAACUUUAGUGAAAAACGGAACUUGUACAGGU